AUGCAAGGAUUGUCUUUAUCAGGGAACAAAUUGUCAGGGCAAAUCCCAAGCUCCAUGGGCAACCUCACUCAACUGGUUAAAUUGGACCUCUCUCAAAACAAUUUAGAAGGAAGCAUACCUCCAAGUUUUGGUAACUACCGAAGUUUACAACAAUUGGAUGUUUCACAAAAUUAUCUUUGUGGAGUUAUACCUCAACAGGUUUUUUCUCUUUUCUCUUUGUUGCUAUUACUCAAUUUAUCACACAAUUCAUUUAGUGGCAAAUUACCAGUUGAACUAGGCAAUAUGGAAAAUAUCAAGUUUCUAGAUGUCUCUGAAAACAGCUUGUUUGGUGAAAUUCCCGCAACAAUUGGAAAUUUAGUGAAUUUAAAAAAUCUCUACUUGCAAGGGAAUUCCUUUGAAGGAAUCAUACCUUCAUCGAUGGCUUCUUUGAAAGGCCUUGAACUUUUGGAUGUUUCGUGGAACAAUUUAUUAGGAUUUAUUCCAAAGGAUCUAGAGAAACUUUUAUUUUUAAAAUAUUUAAACAUUUCAUUCAAUGAUAUUGAGGGCGCACUACCAACAGUUGGAGUUUUCAAAAAUGUAAAUGCAACAUCAAUUAUUGGAAACAAUAAGCUUUGUUGGGGUAUUCCACAGUUGCAAUUACCAACAUGCCUUGAAGUUACAAAAUCAAGAAAGCCCCUUGCUUCUACAUCAAGAACCACAACUUUUUGUGUUGUUGCAUGUGUCCUUCUAGUUUCAUCCUUUCUUGUUCUUUAUUGGAGGAAAAAAUAUAAAAAGAACUCAUCUUCUAUAGUCUCAAAGAUGGAUCUCCUUCCAACAAUUUCAUAUAAAAUGCUUCAUCGAGCAACUAAUGGAUUUUCCCUCAACAAUUUGAUUGAAUUUGGUAGUUUUGGAUCAGUUUACAAAACAGUUCUUAAUCAAGAAGAAAUGUUAGUUAUAGAAAUUGCCUUAUUUCCUUCCAUUCCACGAGUUGCAGAUUUUGGCAUGGGUAUGGCAUCAACUGAGGGGGAUGUAUAUAGCUACGGAGUUCUCGCGUUGGAAAUGUUUACACGAAGGAUGCCCACUGAUGAUAUGUUUAAAGAUGGUUUGAAUCUCCAUAAUUUUGUUAAGAUGGCAUUACCAAAAAGACUUGCUCAAGUUGUUGACCCAAUGCUUUUGCCAAGAGAAGUUGAAGAAUUGGUAAUCAUGGCAAUAGAAAAAGAUGACAAUGAUAAUGAAAUUGAAGUAGAAGAAGCUAAUAAUAUUGAGGAUUCAAGGCAUAUUGAUGUUGACAUGCAAAAGUGCUUACUCUCAAUUCUUAACAUUAGAACCUUAUGUUCAUUGGAAUCCCCAAAAGAGAGAAUGAAUAUGGAGGAAGUCAUUAGGGAAUUGCAAUUGAUAAAAAGUGCUUUCAUUAGUUUGGGGAUUCACAGAGGCAGACCAAGUAGAGCUCUAGUAAGGGGUAUUUUGUUUUGA